AUCACAACCGCACCCACUCAGCCAACCAUGAGGACUCUGAUCGUUGUACUGUUGGCAGCCUUUGUGGCAGCAGAGCAGAAGCGCGAAGCUGAGCCUGGAUAUGGCUACGGCCAUGGAUACGGUUUCCCUGGAUAUGGCUACGGCCAUGUCAUUACUCACCCGUACGGUCUCUCUUCUGUCCAUUCUUACAACCACAUCCUUCACAAGCGGGAAGCUGAGCCUGGUUACCUCUCCAGCUACCCCAGGUAUGGUUACGGAAUAGGAUAUGGACCCGGCAUCGCCUACCACCCUUACGGCGCCACUUCCUACGUCCAAAGCCACGGCAUAGGAAAGAGGGAAGCUGAGCCCGGUUACCUGUCCGGCUAUCCCAGGUACGGCCACGGUUUCGGAUACGGGUAUGGACCAGGUAUCGCCUACCACCCUUACGGCGCCACGUCCUACGUCCAAAGCCACGGUAUCGGAAAGAGGGAAGCUGAGCCCGGUUACCUGUCCAGCUACCCCAGGUACGGCCACGGUUUCGGAUACGGGUAUGGACCAGGUAUCGCCUACCACCCUUACGGCGGCAUCUCUUACGUCCAGAGCCACGGCAUCGGAAAGAGGGAAGCUGAACCCGGGUACGGUUUGGGUUCUGCCUUUGGCUACAGCACGACCGUGAAGCACCCAGGGUACGGCGUCUCCCACCAGCAGAGGCACGGCCUUGUAUACCCCUCGUACGGUUACUAUUAUUAAUUUCUUCAGUCAAGUUUUAGUAUAAAAAUUAGAAUAUAAAUUUUAUCUUGCAUUUUUAUGAAUGUGAGCGGAAAAUAAUAUUAAUAAAGCUAUAUGAAAGGUGAA